GUCGUCAAUCGAGGAAGAAGUCUGCCAGAAGCAUAGUCACGUGAUCAUUAUGUAAUAUAAGGGUAUUGUGCUGUGUAUGAUGUAAAGACAUAGAGGAGUUACUUUGAGUGGAGAGAUAUUCCAUCCACUCAACACUGAUCUCCCGCCUGCCUGAUUUCUUUGCGCAUUUACAGGAAGUUGUCAAAGAGUUGAUACAAUCACACAAGCAGUAGAUCAGCAGCUGAAGAUCAAAAAAAGAGAAUGGACGCCGAGAUCGAGCAGCAAAACGCGCGCAUAGCCAAGUUCGCAGAGCUCACGCAGGCCACUGCGGAGGACGCACGCAAGUACCUCGACGUAGCUGCCUGGAAUCUUGACUACGCGGUCGAUCUCUUCUUUUCAUCUGGGGGUGAAGGGCCCGGCGAUGCAGAUGUGGAUGAGGAAGAGAACGACGACGACGACGACGACGCGGUGCUUUCGGAUUUCCCCAGCGCGACUCCAGCGAGACCGACAGAGCAGACUCUUGGCUCCUCCUCUCUCUCCUCCCUUCCUUCUUCCGACCGCCACCAGCACCAGCAGUCACCAGCAGCCAUGUCCGCCGCCGACCGAGCAAAGCGCGCCGCCGCUGCCGCGAACCGCGUGCGCACCCUCGCAGAUCUGAACAAAGAAAGCUCGCCCGCGCACGACGACGACUCGGACGAGGGAUCGAGCUAUGGCAGGGCGUUCGGGCGCCGUCGCGAGGAUCUGUUCACCGGGGGCGAAAAGUCGGGGCUUGCGGUGCAGAACCCGGAUGGGCCUUCGAUUCCCGAGCCGACGAGAUUAGUUAGCAAUAUCCUUAGCAGGGCCGAGCGAGGUGGACGGGCACCAGAGGCAGAAGAAGCACGCCCAGCACAGAGAUUCUACGGUUCAGGCCACGUCCUCGGCGCAGAAAGCUCACCGGCACCCGCAUCCUCGUCCGCCACUGCCGCGGCAUCGGCCUCCCCCGCCGCUGAGGAAGAUCUCAACACGCCCGUCACACGGACGCUCACCUUCUGGCGCGACGGAUUUACGAUCGAGAAUGGCGAGCUGAUGGCGUACGAUGAUCCCGUCAACCAGGAGAUAUUACGCGCUAUAGAUGGAGGCCGCGCACCACUACACCUACUAAACGUCAGACCAGGCCAAGCUGUCGACAUGCGCGUCGAGCGCCGAAUGAACGACGACUACGAGCCGCCCAUGCCCGCCGGCGGCGGUUUCCACGGGAAGGGAUUCACUCUCGGUGGUUAGGUAGUUUUAUGUCAUCAAUAUAACUUAUAUAUAUAGUGUAUUUGCUCUGAAGCGAGUGUUGUUUUAAGUCAAUGUUAUAGGUUUUUAUGAGGUGACUGUCCAGCGAAGAUGUCGCUUCGUAGGCGUAUAGUAGUAGGUGCCGUUAUAAAGACACGUUUGAUAUCGAUUACAUGGCUCUAAAGAACGAGCUACUGAUCAUACGUG